CAUACAGAUAUAUAUAGACAUGUUUUAGAGUGUAGAUUCACUCAUUUUACUUUGUAUGUAGUCCGUAGUGAAAUUUCUAAAAAGACUUAGAUUUAGGAACGGAGGGAGUAGAAGGAAAGGCCGCGCAUGCGAAACAAGUCCGGGCACAUGGCCUGAACCCGUCCAACCCGACCCAACUAUUGGAGCCGCCACUGGUGGGGCGAGGAUCCGGGCGCGCCGGCCCUAUAUCCGCUGCCACUGCCUGCGGCCCGUCACACCCUUAAUUGAAUGAUGCAUGCAAACCGUAACCAAACUCUUGCAAACUGUAAACAAACUCUUCCUCUGAUGAUGUAUUUAAGGCAUGCAAGCCAGACUAAGGACGGGGCACGGCUAUAUAAUCUGUCACGCUCGACACUGUGGCCGCAGCGUCGACGAGGACACGAUGGAGCCGCUUCUUCUGCUCACCGUUCUCCUCCUUGCGCACGCGGUGGCUUGCAUGGUGUGCACGGCCGUCGCCCGUCGGCGGCGCUCGCGGUGCUACCUGGUGGACUACGCGUGCCAUAAGCCGUCUGACGACCGCAAGGUGAGCACGGAGAUGGCCGGCAGGGUGAUCGAGCGUAACAAUCUCCUCGGCCUCCCCGACUACCGUUUCCUCCUCCGCGUCAUCGUCCGCUCCGGCAUCGGCGAGGAGAGCUACUGCCCGCGCAACAUCCUCGAGUGCCGCGAGCACGCGCCCACCCACCGGGACGCGCUGGACGAGAUGGACGCCUUCUUCGACGAUGCCAUCGCCGAGCUCUUCCGCAGGAGCGGCUUUGGCCCCCGCGACGUCGACGUGCUCGUCGUCAACGUCUGCAUGUUCUCCCCGGCGCCGUCGCUCGCCUGCAGGAUCGUGCACCGCUUCGGCAUGCGCGAGGACGUCGCGGCCUACAACCUCUCCGGCAUGGGGUGCAGCGCCGGCCUGAUCUCGCUGGAUCUCGCGCGCAACGUGCUGCGGACGCGGCCGACGUCGCUGGCUCUCGUGGUGUCGUCCGAGUCCAUCGCGCCCAACUGGUACACCGGCGCCGACAGGUCCAUGAUGCUGGGCAACUGCCUCUUCCGCUGCGGCGGCUCCGCCGUGCUGCUCACCAACGACCCGUCUCUCCGCGGGCGUGCAAAGAUGGUGCUCCGCCAUCUCGUGCGCACAAACACCGCCGCCGACGACGAGGCGCACACUUGCGCCCUGCAGCGCGAGGACGGCAACGGGCGCGUAGGGAUCAGCCUCAGCAAGGCUUUGCCCAAGGCCGCCGUCCGGGCCUUGACCCUGAACCUGCGGCGCCUCGCCCCGCGCGUGCUCCCCGUGUCCGAGAUCAUGCGGUUCGCUGCCCGCCACGCGUCCAAGAAGCUUCUAUCUCGCAUGCACGUGAACACAGACGGACGUCCCGGCCCCAUGAUCAACCUUAAGACCGGCGUGGAGCACUUCUGCGUUCACCCCGGCGGCGCCAAGGUCAUCGAGGCAGUGAAGCACAGCCUUGGGCUCCACGCCGACGACGUGGAGCCUUCACAGAUGACGCUGCACCGGUGGGGGAAUACGUCGGCGAGCAGCCUGUGGUACGUUCUGUCGUAUAUGGAGGCCAAGGGGAGGCUAAAGAGAGGGGACAGAGCGCUCAUGCUCACCUUCGGGUCGGGAUUCAAGUGCAACAGUUGCCUGUGGGAGGUGACCGGCUACAUGGCCGAUAAGGGCGCGUGGGCAGACUGCAUCGAUGAAUACCCGUCGGAGAUCAUCACCAACCCCUACCUGGACAAGUACAGCUGGGUUAACGAAGUCCAAGGCGACAUCGUCGUGUUUUAG